AUGGCCUUCGCUCUCGUCGCCGCGGCCGCCCGCGGCUUCGCGCUGCGCGGCCCCGGCGCGCGCGCCCCGCUGCGGCGCCUCGCGGCGGCGACGGCGGCGGCCGACGCGGGCGUCGCGGCGCAGGUCGAGGCGCAGGGGGCGCUGAUCCGGGACCUGAAGGAGGGCCGGGGCCUCGGGAACAAGAGCCCCGAGGUCGUCGCGGCCGUCGCGGAGCUCGUGCGGCUCAAGGCGCUGCUCGAGCCGCCGGCGGCCGCGGCGGACGCGCCGCAAAAGAAGCAGAAGCAGCAGAAGAAGAAGCAGAAGGUGGACAAGGGCGCGGCGACGACGGCGUCCGACUCCAUCACGUCCGCGUCCGAGGACUUUAGCGCCUGGUACGCGGACGUCAUCCGCGGCGCGGACCUCGUCGACGCGUCCCCCGUGAAGGGGUGCAUGGUCAUCAAGCCCUGGGGCAUGGCCGUCUGGGACCGCCUGCGGGACGAGCUCGACGGGCGCAUCAAGGCCAGCGGCGCGGAGAACGCCUACUUCCCGCUGCUCAUCCCCCGGAGCUUCCUCGCGAAGGAGGCGGAGCACUGUCACGUCGAGGGCUUCGCCAAGGAGUGCGCCGUCGUCACGCACCACCGCCUCGCCGCGGACGGCAAGGGCGGCCUCGAGCCCGACCCGGCGGCGGAGCUCGACGAGCCCCUGAUCAUCCGGCCGACGAGCGAGACCAUGAUCUGGCACAUGUUCGGCAAGUGGAUCAACAGCCACCGCGACCUGCCGCUGAAGAUCAACCAGUGGGCGAACGUCGUCCGCUGGGAGAUGCGCACGCGGCCCUUCCUCCGGUCGUCCGAGUUCCUCUGGCAGGAGGGCCACACGGCCCACGCGACGCGCGACGAGGCGUUGGCCACGGCCGAGGAGAUGCUCGACGUCUACGCGGAAGUGGUGGAACAUUUCCUCGCCGUGCCCGUCGUCAGGGGCGCCAAGUCGGCCAUCGAGCGCUUCGCCGGCGCCGACGAGACCUACACCAUCGAGGCCUUGAUGCCCAACGGCUGGGCGCUCCAGAGCGGCACGUCGCACUUCCUCGGGCAAAACUUCGCGCGCGCCUUCGACGUCCAGUUCCAGAACAAGGACGCGAAGCGCGAGCUCGUCUGGGCCACGUCCUGGGGCGUGUCGACGCGGCUGCUGGGCGCGCUCGUCAUGACCCACUCCGACGACGCGGGCCUCGUGCUGCCGCCCCGGGUCGCGCCCGUCCAGGUCGCCGUCGUGCCGAUCACGCGGAAGAACGACGACGCGGGCACGGAGGCCGUCGACGCCCUGGUCGACGGCCUCGUCGCCGAGUGCAAGGCGCUGGGCGUGCGCGUCAAGGUCGACGAGCGGCCGAACAUGCGGCCGGGGGCCAAGUUCUUCGAGUGGGAGCGCAAGGGCGUGCCGCUCCGCGUCGAGGUCGGCCCCCGCGACGCGGCGGAGGGCGUCGUCGUCGUCGCGAGCCGCCUCGGCGGCGAGAAGCGGUCCGUCGCCGCCGCCGACGCGGCCGCGGACCUCGCGGCGUCCCUCGAGGACAUCCAGGCCCGGCUCUUCGCGGCGGCGGCCGCGCGCCUCGACGGCGGCACCGUCGACGUCGGCUCCUACGACGAGCUCAAGGCGAAGAUCGACGCCGACGACCUCGGCUUCUUCCGGGUCUACUGGGCCGCCGACGACGCCAACGAGAAGGCCAUCAAGGAGGACUGCUCCGCGACGAUCCGCUGCUACCCGCUCGACGCGCAGCGCGACCUCGCGGGGAAGGCGUGCUUCUACUCCGGGAAGCCCGCGACGCACGUCGCCCUCUUCGCGCGCGCGUUCUAG